UUGGUCCCUGUGAUUCAUGGGCGUUUGACUCCCGCCUUCGGCCUCUAGCCUCAGCCCAUUCUACAACAACAACGUUAAUCUGAUCCUUGCGAUUAGGGAGUCUCCUUCGAAUCGCCUGUAGGACACACUGAAUAGAGGUGCCUGCAGGAAGAGCCGAAAAUUCUACGAUUUGCUUCUCUCUCUUUUAUUUAUCAUUCUCCGAUUUCUUAAAAAAUGGGCUGUCCCGCUAGCAAACACGCUGAUACGAAGGCUAAUAGGAUUGCGCGGUGGCGAUCCACGGGCAUUGUUGCUUUGCGCGACUCUAAAUUGAAGACAUUUCCAGAUGAAAUUUUUGAUCUGGACAGAUCUGUGCGCACUCUUGAUUUGACACAUAAUCGAAUAGCUGACAUUCCCUUGGAGAUGGGAAAAUUAAUCAACUUGCAGCGCCUGGUAUUAGCUGAUAACCUCAUUGAGAGUCUGUCAGUGCAUUUGGGAAAACUACAAUCUCUAAAAAUCAUGAUCCUUGAUGGGAAUAGAAUUACUUCCUUGCCUGAUGAAUUGGGCCAGUUGGUGAAGCUUGAGCAGUUAUCCAUCUCAGGGAAUUUGUUAACAUGCUUGCCCAUGACUAUUGGCAGCUUGCGAAGUCUGACGCUUUUAAAUGUAUCAAGCAACAAGUUAAAAUAUCUUCCUGAAUCUAUUGGAAGUUGUUUUUCUCUGGAAGAAUUACAGGCCAAUGAUAAUCUUAUUGAAGAUCUACCCUCUUCAGUGUGCAAUCUCAGCCGCUUGAAGUCACUUUGCUUAGAUAACAAUGAAGUGGAGUUGAUACCGUUGAACCUAUUAAAGGAUUGUAAAGCUUUGCAGAACAUAUCUCUUCACAACAACCCUAUAUCAGUGGAUCAGUUUCAGCAGAUGGAUGGUUUUGAAGAGUUUGAAGCGAGGAGGAGAAAGAAGUUUGACAAACAAAUUGAUUCAAAUGUGAUGAUCAGUUCCAAAGGUCUUGAUGAGGGUGUUGAUGUAUGAGAUAUUUUCUGCCUAGUUAAAGCCACUUUGCAAAUCGAAUGGGCUUUGGCAGCUGUAUAGUCUUUUGAGUUUUGAUGUAACUUGGAAAAUCCCACGCAUUUGCCUGCAAAUUUGCUGGCUUCGGUACGAUUCUACUCUCUGCCAUUCAGCUGAAUGCAUAUAGAGAUUUUGAAUCGAAGCCAUUGUCAUGAUAAUAAAUCGUAUCAUCUUUUUUUCCCGGUGUCUUCAAAUUUAUAAUUGAUACUAAAAUAAUUUGUUGGAACAUUGUUCUCCUUGAAACUCUGCUAUUUGUGAAA